AUGCAGAGGGACCGCCAGAGAGACGUGUAUAAGGAUAUUAAGUGGAACGGGUGGGGGGAGAAGGAUGCGGCGCUAAGAUAUGAUGCGGAGGCCAACGUCGUCUACCAUUUGAAUGGAAAGCCCAUGAAGAAAGUUCUGGACUUUUUGCAAAAGGAAGUGCUCCACAAGAGUGGUACUGCCACUCUGGUGCGGUCUCCUGGACUUACAGAGGAAGAGGCGUUAAAGUGCCUUCCACAGCCUACUAUCAACCAGGCGUUUCUUCAAGAGCUGCGUCGGGGCUUGUCGGAGGACCAGAUUCACAUGGAUGGCCUUAGCCGCCUCACACACAUUUUCGGAAAGAACUACAGAGAUCUCUGGCGUCUUCGCAGAGGUAUGAUUGACCGUUCGCCUGAUGCAAUUGUUCUACCUGCCUCCCACGAGGAUUGCGUGAAGAUUGUGGAACAGGCUCAUAAGCAUAAUGUUGCCCUUAUUCCCUUUGGGGGUGGGACAAACGUCACAGGCGGGGUGGAACCCAAUCCCUUCGAAACAAAGCGUAUGGUUGUCUCCGUUGAUAUGCGCCGAAUGGGGCGUUUGCUUUCGGUUGACAAGGAAUCGGGCAUCGCCGUUUUUGAGGCUGGGGCGCUGGGACCUGAUAUGGACGAGCAGCUCGCCCCCCACGGCUUCAUGGUUGGCCACGAUCCGGACAGCUAUGUCCACUCCACUCUUGGUGGGUGGAUUGGUGCGCGUGGCAGCGGUGCGAUGUCCAACAAGUACGGCGACAUUGAGAACAUGGUUCUUGCAAUGAAGGUGGCGACACCUAUUGGUGUCGUAGAGACCCCCAUCACGUCGCGUCCUUGUGGUGUGGACCUCAAUGCCAUGUUCAUUGGCUCAGAAGGGUCAUUUGGAAUUAUCACGGAGGCCACUAUCAAAGUCGAGCGCAUUCCUGAGGUCAGGCAUUACGAAGGCUGGUUGUUCCCUUCCUUUGAGGCCGCCUUCUCUGCUUUCCACACAUGCACGCGAAAAGGAAUUCACCCCUGCACGAUGCGACUGUACGAUGAAGACGACACUCGCCUAAGCUUUGCUGCGAGCACUGAUAACAGUGUCGUCAAGUCAUUUAUCAGCAAGGGGAUCCAGAAAUACCUUGAAACCGUGAAGGGGUGGGACAUGCGCAAGUUAUCUUUGGUUGUCGUCGGCUUCGAGGGGUCCAAGGCGCAGACGGACUGCCAAAGGCGUGAGCUGUCGAGCACAUUCAAAAAAUUCACCGCCAUCUGUGUGGGCCCGGGGGCCGGGGCUUCUUGGCAGGAGAAGAAGUACGACUUGCCGUACCUGCGCGACUUUACGCUGGCCCACUCGUACUGGGCGGAUGUCUUUGAGACGAGUGUCAUCUACUCUGAGGCCAUUGGCUGCUGGCGCGCCGUGAAGGACGCAUUCAAGACCGUCAUGAAAGAAAAUGGGAAAACAGGCUGGAUAGGCUGCCACACGGCCCAUCAGUACCGCUUUGGAUGCUGCCUCUACUUUACAUUUGUCGGUGCACAGCAUGAUGAAAACGACAUGAAGCUGUUUUUGCAGAUCAAGGAGCGUGCCAUGGAAGCGAUGCUGAAGCACAGGGGGAACUUGACUCAUCACCACGGCAUCGGCUACGAGCACGUUCCCUGGAUGCAGCGCUACAAUGGAAAAGUCGGGCUAGAAGUGAUUAUGCGGUUUAAGAAUUCGCUUGACCCUAAAAACGUAUGCAACCCGGGAAAGUUGCUCCCUUCCAUCCGUGCGGAAAAGGAAACCCCGCAAGCAGCUGAAGCACGACAGCGUCGUGAGAUGAUGUUUGACAAGAUGGGUGUUCCAGGAGCAGUGCAAGCUCACUUGUAG